AUCCCCAGGUUUCGGUCGCUGUCAAGAAAUGUCUAUAUAACUGUCCCUGAAGCGCCCACUAUUUUGUUCUCAUCAAGGCAGUCGAUCGCUUUGACUACCCAACUACCUCUUACAUCUUAUAAACUUCUUCUUGACUUGUAAUCCAUCAUGGCUCAACGUGACGACAAGACCGACAUCAGGGACGUCGAGCCCCAGAUCUUUCAGAAUGAGUAUCCUGAGAAGGCAAUCCCUCAAGUUGAGAAGAUUGAUUACUCUGGUGCUCAUGAGAAGACUGAUCCCAAGGAGAUUGCUCUUGUGAAGAAGCUUGAUCGAUGGAUGAUGCCUAUGCUUUGGAGUAUGUACUGGCUCAACUAUCUUGAUCGCAAUGCUAUUGCUCUUGCGCGUCUGAAUGAUCUUGAGGAGGAUCUUAACCUCAAGGGAACUGAGUACCAAACCUGUGUUUCUAUCCUCUUCGUCGGUUACAUCCUUGGCCAAAUCCCCUCCAACAUGUUCCUCACUCGCACCCGCCCCUCUCGCUACAUGGGUAUCAUGAUGAUGCUCUGGGCCGUCGUCAGCGCCCUCACUGCCGUCGCAAAAGACUUCAAGGGUCUCCUCCUCACCCGCUUCUUCCUCGGUCUUACCGAAGCACCCUACUACCCCGGCGCCGUCUACCUCCUCUCCAUCUUCUACACCCGCAAGGAGGUCGCAACCCGCAUCGCCAUCUUGUACACCGGAAACAUCCUCGCCACUGCUUUCGCUGGUCUCAUCGCUGCUGGUAUCUUCCACGGUCUUGAUGACGUCGCUGGCAUUGCUGGUUGGAAGUGGCUCUUCAUCCUCCAGGGUGCUGUUACUUUUGUGAUUGCUGUUAUUGGCUACUUUGUCCUCCCUGAUUUCCCUCUUACUACUCGAUGGUUGACUGAGGAGGAGAGACAGUUGGCGCAUAACCGUAUGGAACUCGAUACUGUGGGUAACAAGGGUGAGACCAGCACCUGGAAGGGUCUUCAGCAGGCUGCCAAGGACCCUAUGGUUUGGAUCUUCUGUGCCAUGGCUCAUCUCCACUUGGCUGCCAACGGCUUCAAGAACUUUUUCCCCACUGUCGUCAAGACUCUCGGCUUCAACACCACCAUCACUCUCGUCCUCACAUGCCCUCCCUACCUCAUCGCCGGCGCCAGCACCAUCCUCGUCUCAUGGAUGUCAGGAAAGUACAAUGAGCGAACCUGGCACAUCACCGCCUCCAAGACCGUCGCAGUCAUCGGAUUCGCCUCUGCCGCCGCUACUCUCAACACAGCCGGUCGCUACGUCUGCAUGGUCAUCUUCACCAUCGGAACCUACGCUGUCAACAGUCUCAUCCUCGGAUGGUGUGGCUCUGUCUGCGGUCAGACCAAGGAGAAGAAGGCUGUUGCCAUCAGCAUGGUUACUAUGAUCAUGAACAUUAGCUUCAUCUGGACUCCUUAUCUCUGGCCUUCUAGUGAUGAGCCCAGAUAUGCUAUUGCCAUGUCGAGCAGUGCUGCUUUCAGUAUUGGUACUGCUGCGCUUGCUUGGGUUGCUAAGAUUAUUCUCAAGAGGCGAAACCAGAAGCUCCGUGCGCAGGAUAGCGAGACUGAGGUCUUUUAUGUCUACUAAAAGACAUUGGAUGAUGAAAUGAUGAUUUGAAAUCGACCAGAGUUUAUGGAAGAAUGGUAGGAUUUAAGCAGGAAUCGAAGGAUAUAGAGAUGGUAGAGUAGAUAUGUCAAUACUUGGUCUCUUUCGCAAUAUCAGACUGCUUCACACAAUCAUGCCUCCCCAGUCUGACGUGCAUGUUAGUUACUCAAGACGAAUCAAUUACCUGCGACACAAACUGAGUUGAUCAGCCGAAGUGAAGCAAAAAUGAUGCAAUUAAUUGUCGAUAAAAAAUAACAUGGCUUAAAAGUGCA